GCCCGCCUCCAGUCCUCCAUGCGCUGACAUGGACCGCCUCCAGUCCUCCAUGCGCAAGCGGCUUUACAGCCUGCCGCCAAACAUGAGCCACAAAGCGGAAUGGGACGCCGGCGACAAGGACACGAAGAGGAGAAGUAUGGUGAUGAGACAUUUGUCCCCCGCCGACAGUUGCCGGAGCCCGGAGGAGGACCGGGACGUGUCCGGGAAGACCAGCGUGAACGGAGACUGCCGCCGCCUCAGGAGCAGCAUCUCGUCCGUCAGCGGGCGUCGGCUCCCCGGGGCAGAUACGGCGGAGCAGCGCUGCCUCCUCCCGGAGGCGGAGGACGCCGGCGUGGACGAAAGUUCCCCCGGCGAGCGCGGCCCGGCGGCGGCGGCGGAGAGUGAGAAUGUGGCGGGUGUGGGUGUGAGUGCGGCGGGUGUGUGUGUGAGUGACGCCGCCUUCGAGCAGGCGACUUUCAUCAAGUUGGAAGGAAGCGAGCAGAUGAUUCCCGAGGACUCCCGGCUGUACCAAGCCGGCUUCAUGCACCGGCAGUUCGGCGCCAUGCUCCAGCCGGGAGUCAACAAGUUCUCCCUGCGGAUGUUGGGCAGCGAGAGGGCGGUGGAACACGAGCGGGAACGCCUCAAGUCUGCCGGCUUCUGGAUCAUUCAUCCCUACAGCAACUUUAGGUUCUACUGGGAUCUGACCAUGCUGCUUCUGAUGGUGGGAAACCUGAUCAUCAUCCCUGUGGGCAUCACCUUCUUCAAGGACGAGCACACGCCGCCCUGGAUCGUCUUCAACGUGGUCUCCGACACCUUCUUCCUGAUGGACCUGGUCCUCAACUUCCGCACUGGCAUCGUCAAGGAGGACAACACGGAGAUCAUCUUGGACCCUCGGCAAAUCAAGAUCAAGUACCUGAAGAGUUGGUUUGUGGUGGAUUUCAUCUCCUCCAUACCCGUGGACUACAUCUUUCUCAUCGUGGAGACUCGUAUCGACUCUGAGUUUUACAAGACGGCCCGAGCGCUGAGGAUCGUGCGCUUCACCAAGAUCCUCAGCCUGCUGCGCCUGCUGCGCCUUUCCAGGCUCAUCCGCUACAUUCACCAGUGGGAGGAGGUUUUCCACAUGACCUACGACCUGGCCAGCGCCAUGGUGCGUAUCAUGAACCUGAUCGGCAUGAUGCUGCUGCUGUGUCAUUGGGACGGCUGUCUGCAGUUCCUGGUUCCCAUGCUGCAAGAGUUCCCUCCUGAUUGCUGGGUCACCCGGAAUAAGAUGGUGAACGACACGUGGGGUCAGCAGUACUCCUAUGCCCUGUUCAAGGCCAUGAGCCACAUGCUGUGCAUCGGCUACGGCUUGUACCCGCCCAUCGGCAUGGCCGACGUCUGGCUCACCAUCCUCAGCAUGAUCGUGGGCGCCACCUGCUUCGCCAUGUUUGUGGGCCACGCCACCGCCCUCAUUCAGUCCCUGGACUCUUCCAGGAGGCAGUACCAAGAAAAGUACAAACAGGUGGAGCAGUACAUGUCCUUCCACAAGCUGCCCGCCGACACGCGCCAGAGGAUCCACGAUUACUACGAGCACCGCUACCAGGGCAAGAUGUUUGACGAGGAGAGCAUUUUGGAGGAGCUGAAUGAGCCGCUGCGAGAGGAGAUCAUCAACUUCAACUGCCGCAAGCUGGUGGCCUCCAUGCCGCUGUUUGCCAACGCAGAUCCCAACCUGGUCACCUCCAUGCUGACCAAACUGCACUUCGAGGUCUUCCAGCCGGGCGACUACAUCAUCAGGGAAGGCACCAUCGGGAAGAAGAUGUACUUCAUCCAGCACGGCGUGGUCAGCGUGCUGACCAAAAGCAGCAAAGACACCAAGCUGUUGGACGGCUCUUAUUUUGGAGAGAUUUGCCUGUUGACUCGAGGCAGAAGGACGGCGAGUGUGCGAGCAGACAACUACUGUCGUCUCUACUCUCUGUCGGUGGACAACUUCAAUGAGGUCCUGGAGGAGUACCCCAUGAUGAGGAGGGCCUUUGAGACCGUGGCCCUGGACCGCCUGGACCGCAUCGGAAAGAGAAACUCUGUUCUCCAACAUAAAGUUCAGCAUCACGGAAGUUCUGGCACAUUAAACCUCCAAGAGAGUGAGAUCAUCCAAAGAAUAGUACAACAUGACCGCGACAUGGCCCAGUGCACACAGCUCAUCCAGACCAGCAACGGCCAGAGCUUGACCGUUCCCCCUGGAUCGCCCACCCCGGUCAUUUGGGCCCCCCUGGUUCAGGCGCCCCUCCGGGCGGCUGCUGCCACCACCCCGCUGGCCCUGGCUUUGGCUCACCACACCCAGCUUCCCCCCAUCCUCUUUCACCAUUCCCUGGCCACUGGCUCCCUGAAAGACCCCAUCAGCCACUCGAAAAGAGUCCACAGUGGAGUGCUCUCUUCUGUGGUCUGUGGUUCAGGGUCCAGUUCCCCUGUGAGCUCACCCAAAUUUCACACAGGGGUUGAAAGUCUCCCACUGGCCUCCAUCAGACUGCCGCACCUUACUACUGGGCCACUGCCGACUCUGACUUCUCAGCCGAUCUUUACCAGCAGCUUGCAGCCCCUGUUGCCUCCCUCUCAUCCUCCACACUCGGGUAUGGCCUCGGUCUGCCCUAUAAGCCAGGCCGCUGUGUCCUACACUUGCGCGGCUCAGUUCCACUCGCAGCCCUUCCAAAGCUACAUAGCCACGCCGCACUGUCCGUUCGGUUUACUCCAGCAGGGGGAGACAGCAAGGCUAGUAGGGAGAUUUCCAGACCCUUCCUCUUGCACCAUAAGUCCUCUGAUCUCCAGCUCUGUUGGCCCGACUCUAAAUCAGCUGCAGGAGAGCUCGCGGGUCAUCGCACAGCAGAUGGGUACCUGUCAUGGCAGAGCAGGCAGUAUUGCCAGCGGUCAGAACUUUCCAUAUUUGCCCAUUAGCACCAGCAACACUCAGUCCUCCGGCAAAUGUAUUCCACCAGCCAGCGGAGGCGGGGCUUCGGCGUCUCUAGCACAGCAGAGUUUGGCAGGUCUCCAUAGUGCACUCCUGCCGCAGCUUCUACCGGAGCAGUCUGCCCUCGCCGCCCUGGCGCAUUACGGCUCGGCAGAGUCCUCGCCUUGCUACACACCUCCACUUCACAGUCCCAGCCUACAAAGUCCGGUGAGGGGAAGGACAGUUUACCACCAUGAAACCACCAUGAUCAAAGACAUUCACAACCCUCUUAGCACUCAGACCUCAUGCCCAGCCAGGGUGGCAUACACCAUCAGGGAGCACAACGAGUCACCAGGAGAGCUCUUCAGCCAGGAAAUAAAGACAAUCUCGGGCUCUCAUAGCUCUUUAUACCCCACGCAGGACAGGCUUUUCGAGGGGUUAACAAGCCCCUUCUCUUCCCCUGUUGCAGCCGCUAAACCCGACCUACCGAUCCCAGGUCACACGACCUCUGUCACCUGGACGCAUUCGGGACUGGAGCCUCAGAACCAGUUUCUAGCGGUGAACUCUCAAGUGCUAGAGACGGAACACAAACUGUCCAAACUCCCCUCCAGUUUGUGAGGCUCAGACACACCCUCCUUUAAUGGUGAGCGACUAAAACCCGAUCACUCUUUUCGUUCACACAUGCACUCCUUUGAAUCCAGGCGGGUGUGCGUCUCAUAUCCAGCACUUUCCACCACAGAAUGUAUGGCUUACAGGUAAUAACAGACAGUUUUUGCUACAACAUAGUUUUCCUUUAAAUAUGAUAAGAAAACGACCUAUUGAUGGAUAAAUGUAUACCGAUAGCACCUCGUGAAAAUACACAUUUAUCAAGCUAUUUGUAAUAUAAUCAUACUUUAUUGUUGAACCCUCUUUUCCUUUCAACCUUAACUUCUUUAAAGCUCUUAAGUUUGACAUUUGAAACCAAAAAAAUGUUUUGUCUUUUUCAAAUGGUAAAUGGAUUGUACUUGUGUAGCAAUUUUCUAUAUUCAAGGUACUCAAAGCGCUUUGUCACUAUGACCACACUCACCUGGCGAUCUCGCAGCCUUGGGGAGCACUCACAGGGGCACUGAGGAUCCAGCCAGGUCGGGGAUCAACCAUUCUACCCCCUGAGCCAUGCUGAUCGCCAUACCUUUUGCGGAGAAAAGAGAUGUCGAUGUACUUAGUUUUUUGAAGACGUCGCAUCUGAACAGAGUACUUUACAGAGUACAUAGAAACGCGUGGUAAAAGGUGUACUUCAGUUCGGAGUGAGGUCCAACUUCAUGCGGUACCCCUGGUUUUCGUUUGACCCACAUUUUUGCAGAAAUUUGUGUACACCGUCUCUUAUCUUAUGACCAAAAUAUUGAGCGUAACAUAUUUGUGGGGAUACUUUUGGAUGUCUAGAACGGAUUCCUUGGAUUUACAUUAUUGUAUCAUGUAAAUGUGGGGUCUUACACCAAUGUUGUAUUGGACGAUAGUGAUGAAGAGAGAGCUGACCCACAAUGCAAUGCUCUCAGUUUACCCAGGAUUUCCUUCCUACGCUCGUUUUGGUCCAGUUUUGGGGAAAAACCACAAGGAAAAGACGCAGCCAGAUCAACUUCCUUCACAGGGUUUCUGGGCUUACACUCUUUUAGAAAAAAUGAGGACCUUGGUCAUCCAAGAGGGACAAGACGUGGUCUAGAGGCUUUUUUGGUUGGAAGCUGUCUUAGAGCAGACCUUGGACACCUAUGAGUUAUUUAGUCUCCUUAUAGCAGGGGUGUCAAACUCCUUUUAGCUCAGGGACCACUUGCAGGUAAAUAAAUGGGUUGUACUUGUA